ACAAUACAACGGCGGGCGCGUAAACUUUUUUGAAAACAACACAACCGGCGGGAAAGAAGCGAUGCAAGAUGGCUACAAAUAGUGAUUCAGAUGAUGAAGAAUGCCCUGAUCUCGUGCCGUCAGCCUGCGUGCGGAUUCCUGUGACUAUUAUUACUGGAUAUUUAGGGUCUGGUAAGACAACAUUACUGAAUUACAUCCUAACAGAACAGCACAACAAGAAGAUUGCUGUCAUUUUGAAUGAAUUUGGUGAAGGAAGUGCAAUUGAGAAGUCCAUGGCUAUUGGCCAGGAAGGGGAACUCUAUGAAGAGUGGCUAGAAUUGAGGAAUGGCUGCUUGUGCUGUUCUGUUAAGGAUAAUGGAAUAAAAGCCAUUGAGAAUCUGAUGCUGAAGAGGGGCAGGUUUGACUACAUACUAUUGGAAACCACAGGCCUAGCGGACCCUGGUCCAAUAGCUUCCAUGUUCUGGCUUGACGAUGAGCUAGGAAGUGACUUGUGUUUAGAUGGCAUUGUCACUGUUGUUGAUGCCAAAUAUUGUCUACAGCAUUUGAAUGAAGCCAAAUCAGGAGAAGAAAUCAAUGAGUGUAUAAGACAGGUUGCCUUGGCAGACAUUAUACUAAUCAACAAGCUGGAUUUGGUCGGUGAAGAGGAACUCACUCAACUCAGAGACAGACUACAGUCAAUAAACUCAGUAGCAAGGUUUAUUGAAACUCAGAGAUCAAGAGUCGACUUGGAUGCUGUACUGGAUCUUCAUUCAUUCGACUCGGCUGAAAAGAAACGUGACUGGUGCCCGACAGGAAGCCAUUUACCCAACAGCAGCACAGAACUACAGCGAAAGCAUAUAGAUCAGGCUGUUACCACAGUAACGGUCGAGUGCAAAGGGGAGGUGCUUCUUGAGGAGCUUGACACGUGGUUGCAGGAAUUAUUGUGGGAAAAAUCAUUUGUGGGUAGAGACGGAAAACCGAUGGAAAUUCUACGAUUCAAGGCUGUGGUGUCUAUUUACGAAGAAAGUCGGCGAGUGAUCGUGCAAGCGGUGCAUGAGCUGUUUGACAAGACUACGACGACACCGUGGGAGUCGGCGGAUUCCCGGAUUAACAGACUUGUAUUUAUUGGUCGUCACUUGGACCUUGAUUUCCUCCAAUCUUCCUUUACCAAAAUCUUACAGCCAACCGCUAGUUGACGAGACCAGAAAGGUUAGAAAAACGGACUAAAGUCUAGGCUGUUGGCAGUACACAAUAUUACCGCGUACUGGGUGGAGCGUGUUUUCGCGCGGUGCAUGAUGGACCUUUCCGAGUUCGCGGGACAUGGCGGGAAGCACGGAAAUGGAAUUUGUUCUUGCCAGACUCUUUUGGUAAUCGGUUUGACUAGAUUAAAUGUAUAACAAUAAUAAGGAAACCUUACAAUAAUUUCAGGCUAGGUCAGGUCUUUUUAUUGAUUUUUACAAGUGAUUUUUUUAUGUUUGAUGGACAAUAUCGUCAUUUUUCCAUUCCUAGGUUCCUUCAAUUUAAUCUAGUUCUUGCCAUGCAACUGAUGAAUGGUCGAUUCGAAUCGCCUCUAGCAUGUGUGCCCGUAGUAAUCACUCAUAUAUUUUGCUGGAAAAGUGUUAUUUUCUUUUGAAAAAUAUUGUGCUUUUUCUGCCUUCUUCAGAGUGUAAUAAAUAUUUUCAUAGACAUUGGAAUUGUCUUUUCAAAACAUUAGGUUUUAAGUUUCCUUGCUUAUCAUAGUUUGAAAGGAAGAAAAACAGUUUUUUCCAGAUAAGACAAAAAAGGGAAUUUGAAUUUAUAACGAAUGGACGCCUUUCUUUAUUCAAAUUAUAAAAGUAAAAUGCAAGAGUAAGAAUGUAAAUAGUGCUUUACGAGAACUAGAUUUUCUAACAGAAUCUGCAUUUAUUCUUAGGCCUUAUUUCUAGAAAAUUCCCACUAUUUAUAUUCUACAAUUGGAAAUCCGUUUUGUCUAAGUAAAUUAAAUUAAAAUUGAAACCUGAAAUUGUUUUACCAGCUAAGAUAUAUUGAUAAUUGAAUUUCAAAAAAAGAGGUGGGAAAAUAAAUGAUUUUUUCUUGUUUUGAUUUCUAUUUAUUUUAUUUUGAUAUUUUGAAGGAUUCAUUUUCAGAGAUUCAUCUUGAAAUAAAUAUAUUUUAUCGAUCGAAAAACAGCAAAACGAAGGCAUCCAGAUGUUUUGAGAUAAAAACUCCCUAAAAAUAUAUUAGUUUACUUGAUAAGUAUCGGGAAGCCUAACAUUUCUAUUAUCUGGGCGUGAGAAACAUUUUGAAUACAAACUAUUAUUAAUAAUGGCCAAGUGAGCGCUGUCAUAAUUGCCAUGUUUUUGAGCACUUAUGUUUAACUUAAUCUAUAAUUUACACGGGGGGGAAACGGAUAAGAUCAAGUCAAGAAACUAUAUAGAGAGCGCCACCGGAUUCAUGAAUUCAACCCCUAGUUUGCUCUCAAUGCUUUUCGUCAUGUAAUUACAUGUGUUGACAUAGAGUAGAAUGGAGGAAAAAGCGGGUUAGGACUAUCAAUUGUGGUGACUUAGUCUGCCAGCUGAAAAUUAUGUAGAGCGUUUUACGUUUUAAGGUGAAAAUUUACGCGCCGUACUCAUUUCCGUUGCCUGACAAAAUGGCUUGUUUUUUAAACGGCAAGUUUAAUUACUGAAGCACACACAGAGAACACAGGGCUUUACUGAUCUAUCCCUAAAUAAUUUAGUGUCAGGAAAUGGAGAUAAUAUAUGUUGGGAUGAAAAGAGUAAUUAUUUGUACUCGAACUUGUCCGCGCGUAUUCAGGCGGUUGCAAAUUGUGUACUUUUACCGUUUACGACAAAGUGUGUAUAAAUACUUUACUUCAAGGCGAAUCGUAAUAAAAACCGAUUGUCUGUAGGUGUUGGACAAAUACUUAGACACAGUCCAACUUUAUUUCACUUUGAAUGCAAGCAAAAUGGAAAACAGGAUUUGUUUUGGAGUUUGACUUUUGAAGUCCGUGAACCUUUUUAUUUUUUUCAACAUUUGGAAGUCUUUGUUCGCGUGGGCUCUAGCGACGGAACUGAAUUCUCCUUCAAUUUUGUAAUGAGACGUUUAUACCCUUAACCCUCCGUGGGAAGUCUAUGAUACAAUACAACUCCAAUAGUAUUUUAUCAAAGGGUUCGAUUUGCGAAGAGCCGUCUACGCGAUUAGCGGUCCCCAGGUGAAAAGCCCGAACACAAUUCCUACCUAUUACUUCCUUUCAUUUCAAUUAGUAUCAGUUAGUACACUAUAAUCCCAAUGAAUGUGAUCCUCUUUAAACUUUAAACUCCUUUGCGGUCCUUCCAAUCGCUGGGAAGAAAUUUCUAAAAGCCAAUUUAUUAUUUGAAAAAGAGUUUUGUUUUUAUUUUUCCCAUUUGCGGUUUUGCGAGAUGUCCGUCUUUGCUGUUUGUCAUAACAAAUUUCUUUUCGGGGCUUUACUAGAUUUAAUUGUUUCACCUUCCAUCCUACUUAAUAAAUGUUGUUAUAAUUCACAGAGAGAUAAAGAUAGAAUAUGGCACAGUGCUUUGCAGUGUUUAAUAAUAAUAUAUUGAACUGGAGUGCUCUAUAAAUAUUGAAACACUAGAACAAACAGCUCCUCUCGAAUAUGUCAAAAACUAAAGUAGCCUCUUUUCCGGAUCUUUUUUUAACUCCAAAAAUGUGUGUGUCUGAGCUCUAUUAUCUUUUUUUCUUUCUUCAGAAAUAAAAUCAAGAUUCUUAUUUUUGGUAUAUUGCGAGGAUGCCAACGAAUCGGUAUUAAUGUUUAUGAAUUAUACUGCAUGUGAGGUGAAAUUCGACAAUAUUACUUUUUACCACCUGUUUAAAACCGCUGAAUUGUUGUGACUUGAUUUUUUUUCACAAAAUUCACCUAUAUGCCAUUUUGGAUAAUUCUUUUGAUUCCUUCCUUAAACUUUUCUGAAUGCUGAAACCUUUUUUUUGCUGUCUCUGUUUAAGCAAAUUUGCUGUAUAUCUUUUAUUUUAUUUUUUUUAUUACGGCUUUUCUGUGUUUUUCAAUAGAACACUAAUUUUCGCGCUGUGUUGAAGUAUUUGUUUUCCUAGAAUGCUUUAGCAAGACCUUAUGUUUUUAUAAUACUGAAAUUGCGAAAACACAUCUAUCAUUUUUGUAAGAUAAACUAAAGGUAUUCUAGAUCUAUAUUCCAUAUGUUUGAAACAUGACGAUCCAAGUUUUCGGAUAUAGAACCCUACAAUUAUCUACAUGUUUCUACUUAAAUAACAAUUCCAGUCUCAAUUUGUAAAAUUAAAUGAAAAUUAGGAAAUCGUGGCUUCGUAUUGUGUAAAAAAAAAUAAUGAAAUUUCCAAAGAGUCUAACCCCAAUUCUAUGAUUAAUGGUACCUUUUAAGUAAUUUCUUUAUUUCCAAUAAUUUAAGUAUUUUUUUCUCCGGUCGAUGAUUUUUAAAGGAUAUCCCAAUUGGUAGUUUGUUUUAAGCGGGACGCUUUCCAUACUCAUUUUUAAAUUUCUAUUGAUUGAAUUAAAGUAGAUCCUGUAUUUGAUACUACCACUGAUUACAUUAUUUUGAUUUCAUGUAAAAGGUUUGUUAUAGGCUUAGCGGAAAGACAGGAUCACAACAAUGGAAAAAAAAGUCUAGCAAGAUCGGGUGAUACAAUUUUUGCUUUUGAAAGAAUUUUAAACCAAUAGAAAUUCUGAAAUUUGGCGGGUUAGCAUGUCGAUCGUCUCAACUAAAAACACAGUUUCUUUUCGAGCUUGCGGUUCCCAGUGCGACUCCAGAUAUCUUAUCUUCUUCAAUAAAUUCCUUGUUAAUUACGCGAGCUAUCCAUAUCCUCGCAUAUACCAAGAAUCAGAUAAAAUGCUUUAUUUGCAUAACUUUUACAACGAUACUUUCUUUGUGGGCUUUCUAAAGACCCCGGCCAAUUUCGAAUGAAAAGUGAUACUACGGCGGUUUCUCCAUGUCAAGCAAAGUUUAUUCAAUGUCUUUUUUCGAUUUAAAUACUUGAUGCUAUUUCUAGUCGGGAAUGUAAGCCAUACUGGAAUAGCUAUUUUCUCAGACUUUGCGUGGUAUUUGUAAAGUGUUUUUAGCUCUGUUUCGUGUGAUUAUUGUAGCUUGCGAUCCAUCAUCGCCGCUAAUCGAUUGGCGGGAAUGAAGAUUGAUUCUUGCCCGUGUGUCCAUGUUUGGCAGGGGUUAAAGUAAGCAGUUAGCACGCAUUAAAGCGGGUUUUGUUGAAUGAUAGAAUAACAUACUUUUUUCUCGUUUAGCUACCGACUUAGAUACACGAUCUUAAGAAAACGUUCUGCAAACUGACCAUAUUUGUUAGCUUUUUUUAAACACCCAUCAACCAUUACUCUUUCUACCUUCAGAUAUUUCUACCAAAUUCUUAAUCCUCUCAUGUUAUAUAAUAUUUUGAGGGCUCAUUUAACAAUUAUUGGUAAAGUACAAAUGAAAAUAAAAAAUGAGAUUUUGUAUAGAUAGCGAGUGAAAGACUCGCUCUCUAGGACACGAAGUUAGUGACAUAUCUCUAUCAAUUAGUCAUUUCAGCUGUUUCGUGAGAGAAGCAGAGAACCCUAAUUUUUGAAUUACCUCAACUAAGAUAUAGUUAGCCCAUAGCCGCUCCAAGGUGCGAUUAUAAUUGACUUUAGUGGAGUCAAUAUUAUACGUCUCGAGUAUGCGUAAUUGUUUAUCGAUAUAGAUCCUUUGAAAAUAAUUUCUCAUAGCUCGUAAAUUAGUGUCCUUUUCAGAUCUAUUUGCAAGGUUAAUUUGGUAAUGGCGCACGGUGGCAUAGAGUAUGGAGCUCUAAGCACCCUCACAAUACUGUUAAUUCAAGUCUCAACAUCUUCGCAUUGUGUUCAGGCAAAGUUAGUAGCCGCGAAACUAUUACGACUAAUGCCUCUUGUACUACACAAAACCAGCGCGUUGCAAACUCCAGCCUUUCAUUGUCGUUUUACAAUAUUCUAUAUAACUGCGGGGUCUUUUAAGCAAUUCUCAAGCAAUGAAAAUAGUCGGUGGAUCGUUUUUAGAUUAGAAAAUGUCGCAAAUUAGCGCUACGACCACAUAGCUUCCCGGCAAGUUGAGCGGUUUCCUUUUUUUUUUUUUGUCUUUGGGAUUUCUAGCGCAAGUUUUAAACAAUCCUUUACGAAUUUUUUUGCUGAUGUUUGUUUAUUGGUUGGCUCACCGGACGGUAGUAUCUUGUACAAGGAAGAAAAUAAUCAAAUUGUACUGAGUAAAACAAAGGUUGUGCCAGAGCUCCCUUGUAUCGCUAACAGAGCCACGCGUAGAACUAAUUGCUCCGUUCUGCCGCGCUAUAAACUAAUUUCCGUCCAACUCGACGGGAUGUGAAGCCAGCUACAGAGUAUACAAGUGGUCAUUAUUUCUCCCGGUAAAAUGCGCGCUUGAAACGACAAGACGCUGUUUAUAUUAACGUUGUAAACUGACACGAGUGCGAAGUUGCUAAGAGCGUGAGAAUUCGGCGUAAUCGCGCGCGCGUGCCAAAAUCGCUCGCUGAUCAUUUUACCCGGCAUACUUAUGCAUAACGCAAUAACCUACCUUCGGUUCCUGUUUAAGUUUAUCGACCAUAGAGAAAGUUUUUAUACGGCUUAAUUAUAAAACACACUGCCGUAAUUAGGUAAUUAUUAGAUACGACUAUGUCGCAUCAUGCUUUUUAAUGCUAAUGCACAAAUAAAUCUGCGAUGCCUCCGGGGUGCGAUGGGAUGUUGUCGGAGGCGCGCCUUACUAAGUGGGUGGGCCUCCACGGGAUUUGACGUAUUCAAAGAGCACUAUAAAAGUUUGCGGAGAAGUUAAGCUCGUCAGUUAGACACGGAUCUGGCAAGGUACACACUCUCCGUGCGAAAAAACGGGAUUUUCCACCAAGCCAAAGAGAAAGAACGUGCUGACAUGGCGACAGAUGAUGCAAAGAUGUUUAAAA